AUGGUCACCUUUCAUGUUGGAGAUUUAGAUCUAAGUGAGAGGGAUGUCCACGAAAUCAUCGUUGCAGAGGUUUUGAGGAUCAUGAGAGAGGAUUUUCUUGUGAUGAUCAACAUGAUCAAGAAUAAGCUAAUUUUAUUGUUGGGCAAGCACCUUAGGAUUAUACGAGCCGAGUUGGAGGCCGUUGUGCGAUGGGCUUCUGAGGUUAUCUUCAGGGAGUUUGGUGCUUGUAGGGCUCUGCAGUUCAUCGGAACAAGGGUGCUAAUCAUCAGUAUGCAUUGGAUCAUCGAUAUAGAGAGUGACUUUCUCCCUAAAUUUUAUACGACAUAG